AUGGACCAGAUUAGACACAGGAGUUUUCAUUUCAGCAACAAGAAAAAUAACUUAUUUAUUACUGUGCGUGUGAUCAUCCAGACUCAGACCCAGCACACAGAGAAACAGAUCAAGGAGGAGUUUAAGAAGCUGCACCGGAUUCUACGAGAUGAAGAGUGCACACUGCAGGAUCCAGAGAGGGUUUCAGGAGCUCUGAUCAAUGUGGCAAAACACCUGGGCAACCUGAAGUUCAGAGUCUGGGAGAAGAUGCAGGAGAUCGUCCAAUACACUCCUGUGACUCUGGAUCCCAACACUGCAGCCGUAAGUCUGAUCCUGUCUGACGAUCUGACCAGUGUGAGAUUUGGUGAUGGGAGACAGCAGCUUCCUGAUAACCCAGAGAGAUUUGAUGAGUAUGCCAGUGUCCUGGGCUCUGAGGGCUUUUACUCAGGGACUCACUGCUGGGAUGUGGAGGUUGGAGAGAACACAUGGUGGGGUGUGGGUGUGAUGGCAGAGUCUGUCCAGAGGAAGGGAACCUUUACCCCCAUGCGUGGACGGUGGUAUGUGUAUUAUUAUGAUGGAAAAUAUGGAGCAGUUUCUCAACCACAGCACCACACUCUCCUCACAGUGAAGCAGAAACUCCAGAGGAUCAGAGUGCAGCUGGACUGGGACAGAGGAGAGCUGUCAUUCUCUGACCCUGAUAAUAACACACACCUACACACUCUCACACACACUUUCACUGAGAGACUGUUUCCAUACUUUGAUACUGGCUGUAAACUCUCUCCUCUGAGGAUGUUACCAGUGAGAGCUUCAGUGAAAGUAGAGCAGUACAGCAAGUUAUGAUGUCACUUCCUUUUGCCAGGUUAAUAAUGACUUGUUCAUGGUGUUAAAAUGUCUUCAUGUAUUAACCAUUCUGACUAAUU